AACGUCAUUUGUGGAUUCGUUCCUUGGAGAUCUGAUCCGGGUUUUUAUUAGCAAACAUUUUAUUGACAGAAUGAAAUUGAAUCCAAAUUAUUGUUAACACCUUUUUUAUAUAUAGGGAGUGAUGACUGGAAAAUUGACAACAGCAGUGGUGUUCAAAAGUGCGGUUUUUAUGGCAACGGCAGUUUAAUUUUGACGACAGAGUGCCAACAGGCCAAAGAUUGCUCCUAUUGGUACCAACUGGUUCUUCCCACCAAUGGAUCAACAGCCUGUAAAUUAGCAGAUGGAAAUUCAGGAUUUUGUUGCCCGCAGUUCGCAGCUCCCUAAAAUCCCCGAGCGCCCUCAGCUCCCAAAAGAAACGCAAUAUAUUAGAAUGAUUCCUGGUGGGAACGAGCGAAUAAUCGACGCAGGGACAAAUCUCACGUUGACGUGCGUCUACGCCUUUGAAGACGAAAAUCAAAGGAACACGUUCAAUUUUUCAUGGGAAAUUCCAGAUUACUUAACCAAAAAUGCGGAAUUGAGUGACCUGGACAAUCGCCUUCGCAAAACGUUUGGAAGGAACGAGACCCACAUGACAUCGACGUUAUCUCUGGCCAACGGAAGAGCUAGAGACACUGGAUACUUCGGUUGCAGGGGCAUCCCAUACGGAAUCUCUAACACAUUGCCAGUUAAUCAAUACGUCUAUGUUUUCAGUUUGUUUAAUUUAUUAAGAUAG